AGCAGCGUGAGAUCUUUGGUAUCCAUGGGAGCGUCUGUGGGAGCAGUAACAAGACAGACCCUGUUCCCUCCUCUCAUGCCUGCAGGGCGACCUUUCCGUGUGUCAAAUGCCUCCCGAAGCAGCCGGAAGGGAAUUGUUGCAAGCAGUCUGCAAGAGCUCAUCAGCAAGACUUUAGAUGCCUUCCUUAUAUCUGCUGGAAUAGUUACUCUGGUUUUGGAGGAAGAUGGCACGGUUGUGGACACAGAGGAGUUCUUCAGAUCCCUGGAUGAUAAUACACACUUCAUGGUUCUAGAAAAAGGACAGAAAUGGACACAAGUAAGAAAUGGAGUUGCUGCUGUGAGACCAAAGAAGAAAAUGGGAGUAGCUAACAUCACGUUUGAUCUGUACAAGCUGAACCCUAAGGAUUUUAUUGGCUGCUUAAACAUCAAGGCGACCUUCUAUGAGAUCUACUCUAUCUCAUAUGACAUCAAAUGUAUGGGAGCAAAAAGCGUAUUGCGGAAGGUGCUUCAGCUAAUGUCCCAUGCAGCACAAAUAACUGGACAGUUUCUUCUCUAUACUGGAACAUAUAUGUUGCAGUUGAUGGGUGAAUAUGACGAAGAUGGCACGUGUACAAGAUCAAGGCGGGAGUAGUGAACACAGCUGCACUUCUGAUAUCGGAUCCUUUUGCUGCAAGACAUUCUCUUGCCCAGUUUUGAAUGUAAUGAUGUUAUAGUAGGGGGAUGUCCACUGAUGUGAACUAACAUUUUUCCCAUUUGGGAAUGCUUGUAGGCCUUAGUCAUAAAAUAAGCGUUUCGUGUUCACAGGCUCUUAACACGGCAAAAGGACGGGUGCCUAAUGUCUGAGAAUUUGGCAAAAGAGGAGAGGGCAGGGUUUUUCCCCAGCAACUCAAAAUGGAGAAUAAGUGUACUUGGAAAC